CUCAAGGAAGCCAUGAGUGCAGCUUUGGAUCCCGCCAUGAAGAAAGUGAAAGAGGACAGCUCAGGUAAGCCUACAGAGGACAUGAUUUGUGAAAUUGAGAAAAUUCUCACUGGGCAUCUCUGUGGCUGCUGGAAGCAAUGUCCCAUGUGCAAAGCAAUUUGUACCAACACAAUAUCUACACAUGAUGGAGACCACAAUGUGCCGUUCCACCGUCCUCAGGCUGUCAGUGGGUGGUUUUGGCGUGAAACAGAAGAGUUUUUCAUUGAAUGCUGCUCUACUUCUGUAGCAAGUGAUGGUAGAUUUGUUUUAGAAGAUGGCCAGAUAUUCCCAUUUAAGAACUACCGGCAGGCAGGAGGGGAUUAUGCCACAUGGAGCAUCACCCCAGAUUCAUCCACCCAGCCAUACUGGAAAUGGUUUAUCUGUCACUUCAGAUCAGAUCUGGAAAAAAAAUAUAAGAAAAAAUUUACAAAUAAAGGAACAAUCCCAGAUGCAUGGACCAAA